UCAGCUUCCCUAAUUAACCCAAUCAUCCUACGCGUCGUCCCCCACCGUCCUUCCCUCCCUCUCCCGCCCUCCACGUGCCAUUCUCUCCCCUCCCUCCCUCUCUCUCUCCUCCUUUUUUUUUCUUUCUCUCUCUCUCUCUAUAACACCAAUCAAUUCAAAACCAGAUAGGAGGAGGAGAAGAAGAGGCAAGCUCCGUAAAACAAAAGUUUAAGCUUUUCGCCAAAAAACUGAUGUGUUUAUAGCCUUCAAUGGCGAAGGAUUGUCCAACGAUGGAGGAUUUUAGCGUUGGUGCGGAGGAAGGAGGGGAAGAGAUUGAGCUGAGUUUGGGUUUGUCCAUUGGGGGGAAUUCCAGAAAAUCCCCGAAAUUGAAUGCAGAAGAGCAGAAGACGGCGAAUGCCGGCGAAGAUCUGGGCCCGGAAAAUCGAAAUUGCUCGGAGUUUAUGGAUCCGCAGAGGAAACGGGAGGUUCACGCGUUGAAGAGACAGGAGGCGCGGAGGAAGAGAGAGGAGAAGCUGAGGAAACGUGGUUUGAUAACUGCUGGGAGUGGUUUUUGCGAGUAUGAUAUGGGGGUGGAAGCGCAACGGGUUCAGAUGAGGGCGAGAGAUAGAGAGAUGAGAGAGAACGAGGCUAAAGUUGAAGGACGAGAAUGUGAUACGAGAGAGAAGAUUGAAGAGAGAGGGGACAACAACAAUGGAGCCCAGAAUCUGAGUCAGGGCACGGUUCCUCCGGUGGUGCCGUAUCCGCCGCUGCAGUUUGUGCCUUUGGCGGACGGAUUUGUGUACCCUUGUGUUGUGCCGUGUUUGGCUCCGACGGUGACUAGUGUUGGGAGCGAGAAGAACGAAGGGAAUGUUUUACGGCCGGUGGCUUGUCGGAGUUUUUGGCCGGGGCAGGGGGGUUUGAGGCCUGGUGAUUUGGUGAUGAGUGGUUCGGAUUGUGAUUAUAAUGGUGGUAAAGAUGGUGGGAAUCGGAUUGCGGAGUCGAAUGGGUCUCCGGUUUGCGGUUCGUCUGUGGCUUCGGAAAAUCAGAGCAGUUCACAGCAAGGUGGCAGCAGCAGCAGUGAUACUGGAAGCCAUUCAAGUCACUGCAAACCAGAUCAAUCCCAGCUGAAAUAUUCAUGGGAGCAUGGUGUUCCUUCUAGCCAAACAGAGACCACCCACGCAAACUGCGAAACAACAAAGAACACUAAUAGGGCAGUUCCGUCCAGAGCCAUCAAAUCCAGCCCGACUAAACUUAUGGAACAAUCUGACUCGGAAACCCAACCCAAUCCAGAGGAUAAGCCCCUUACAUCUCGAAACCCGAACCCUGGUUCAAUGAAGGUGGCCAGUGAUCAGAGACUUGAUGCACCUUCCCUUUCACAAAUGCCCUGUGUUUCAACAACAGGAAACGGCCCCAAUGGGAAAACUAUAACCGGGUUCUUAUACAGAUAUACCAAAACGGAGGUGAGCAUCGUUUGUGUCUGUCAUGGAAGCUCAUUCUCCCCAGCUGAGUUUGUGGAGCAUGCCGGGGGAAAGGAUAUUACUCAUCCCCUGAGGCAUAUAACGGUGAUUCCUUCUGCUUUCGGAUGAUAAGCUAAACCCUCAAGGCAUAGGAAUUCCUUUUUGUCGGUUUUGUUUUGUUCCGGUAUGCCUGCCAAAAUUGGACAGGGCGAGGUCUCAAAAGUAGUUGUGAAUUGUUGGUUGAAAUUUUGUGUGGUCGUUAAUUGCAUGAGCUCUUCUGAGAGUAAUGGACAGAGGAGAUUCGCCUUUUUCUUGUAUACUCUUUGUUGUGUAAUAUGUUGUGACUAUUAGUUUAAGAUGCUGUUUAGCGCUAGUCGAUUCU